UUGCUGUGUUAACUGAGUGACUGAUCUGAUAGGUUCCCGGUAUGUGUCUUGGUUGCCCAGUUUCUCGGUGGAAGUGACUCAUACCCAACUCCUGCACACCAACCAGCCAACUCACACUUCACAACUAGACGCCAUGGCCCGAACUGUACAACAGCUGUUCCCACAUCUGCCGCUGAGUGUAAUCAUUGAUGACCUCCACAUUACCCGCUCCGUGGAGCUCACAGUGGAGAAUGUGUUGGAGGGCCAUGUGCAGGCCCCCACUGCAAAGCCCCCCGCCUUCUCCACCCACUCCGACUACCACCUCGCCACCCCCACUCACUUGGCAGCAUACCACAUCCAGUGAGUCUGCAGAAGAAGAAGAUGAACCUUUGAAUGCAGGAAGCCGAUUUUCCAAGUCUCCAAGCGAACGCGAAAGGAUCCUCCAUGUGCGGAAGGAGAAGUUACUUCUGGGGGCACGACGCCGAUACUUGGAGAGACAUCCUACCACCAGCUGAAGUGUCUGAUAUUGCCAACCACCGCUGAAUCACUUUGUACUGUCAAAGCUUGUUUUCAAAUUUGAACCGCUAAAUAUAGAUUCACUUAAAACAUUCACUUUAUUUUCGUUAUAAAUUAAUUGUAUAGUUUGUAAAUUCACUGUUAUGUUAUUCAUAGAUUCAGUAAGUUUAAACUCUUCCCUUCUUAAAUUUUUAUGGAAAUUUUCGUCCCAAUAGUAAAUUUAAAGCCAAGCUUCUAGAGAUGUAAUUAAAUUUUUUAUAAUACGGGCUUAUUAUCACUAUCUGAUGAUUCGGCACUUAAUCUAACAAGUAAUAUUUUAAUGAGUACUUUUGUAAAUGAAGAAAUGAAAGACUGUAUUAUUUAAUAAGAAGAUAUCGUGAUAUUUUUAGAAUGGUUAUGACGUACUUUCAAUUAUGUUUUCACAUAGCUUUAAGGUAAUUAGUGUAAUGUAAAGAUUUAUGUUGUACAUAUACUGUAUUAUUUAUUUUCUAAGAUCACACAAAACUCCUGCUCUUGUAUUCUGCUAGGCGAUCUGAAUCUAGUCUAGUUUUGUAUUAUAUUUGUAGCUAUUAUAAAGUAAAUGCUUAAUCCUUCGCAAGCAUAACUUAUGUCAAUUUAACUGCCCUUGCAUAACACUAAAUUAAGGCAAAUGAAUUAACUUUACAUUCUGCGGAAAGUCUGUUACUUACAGGUGUUAAGAAGGAUGAUCCAUUAAAUUAUGAGAAUAAUAGUUGCAAAGCUAAUUUUUUAAUGACCUAAUUAAAACAUGAUCAGAUGGCCUAUUGAUCAGAUCAGUUGAGUUCUGCCAGUUAAAUACACAGUGAAUGCGUUAGUUCUGUAAAUUUGUGUUUAGUAAUGUCAACAUGCUUGUUUCAGAGAACUCGGUCAGUUAAUCUUCAAUUACCUUUAAAAGAAAUUUGAUUUGCAUUAAAUCCAUGCAACAGUCUAGUUUUUAAUUUUUAAACAAGUUCAAGAUGACAAAGAGUUAUUAUUUCAUUUUUCCCCAUCAGUGUACCUAUUUAUCACCACAUAUUGUUUUAUUGGGUAUUCUCCUGGAUGUAUGUGUAAGCCAUACCCUAAGUUCGUAAACUGUUGUAGUAAUAAUAGGUUACAUGUGUAUUGUAUUUGUGUACAAACUUAAGUUUUGACUAGUGACUGAAUUUAGCAUAACGAUAUUAUAUUCUGCAUUAGAAUAAAAUAUUCUUUGUGCAUAA